GGGACAGAUGAGCAGUUUUCUUCUCUCAACAGCUAACCAGCAGGAGAUUACAGCAUUGGACAAUAAGAUUCAUGAGACAAUUGAAUCCAUAAAUCAGUUAAAAAUACAACGUGAUUUCAUGCUGAGUUUCUCCAAAGAUCCGAAAGGAUACAUCCAAGACCUUCUCCGGUCCCAAAGUAGGGAUCUUAAGGUGAUGACUGAUGUAGUUGGAAACCCAGAGGAAGAACGCAGAGCUGAAUUUUAUCAUGAGCCAUGGUCUCAAGAGGCUGUGAGCAGAUAUUUCUACUGCAAGAUCCAGCAGCGCCGGCAGGAACUGGAACAAUCUCUGGGAGUGCGCAACACAUAAGUACUGCUCACAAGAUCCCAUUGGCAUCAUGACCACCAAAGCAGUGGACUUUUCAGUGUUACUUAGCUCACUGUUACACACGGACCUGCUUCCUGACUGGAUGAAAAUGUACCAUCAACACACCAGUCAGAACACCAGCUUUAGAGUGACCCUUGAAAAUCUUGCCCAUAGGAGGUGUCUCAAACCAUUCCAGGCUGGAGAAAGCACUGUACAAGUGUCAGCGUUAAAGAAGAUUAAAGGUUCAUUCGUCAACACGCAUCAUUAAGUUUUAGCAGGAAGUUCAGGCACUACACAGCAAAUCCUAAUGGGCUAUGCGUAGAAUCACGGGUGGCAUUGAUGGGGGAGAUUGAGAUGGGUGUUGUAGGAGACUACAGGUGUAAAGAAAUAAAUGCAGUUCUCAUCCUACGUUACUGAAGAGUCUCAAAUAGUAACUUCUCUGGAAUU